AUGGUUUCUCUGAACCUCACUGUGCCGUUAGCGGUGGACUUUAAUGAUGCUGAAGAUUAUUUCAUUUUUAUAACCAAUCUACUGAUAGCCACGACUUCUUUUCUCGUGGCUGGCUCGGUGGUGUUGGGUAUUAUGUGUAAAAAGGAACUGCGAGCACAAAAUCGCUUUAUUUUCAUGCUGAACACCAGCAUAUCUGACACUCUGACCGGGUUAGGCGGUUACUACAUCGGACUGUUUGAUGUACAGGAGGGCUAUCCGUCCAAAAACGGCACCUAUUUCAUCCUGCCUUCGCUACUGGGAGUCAAUAUUCUGACCAUCAUGUCUGCACAGGUGGACCGAUUCCUUGCAGUAGUUUAUCCUUAUACUUACAAUCGUUAUGUAUCCAGGACUGUAGUUAUAGGAGUUUGUGUUUCUUGUUGGUUUUACACUUACUUUUUCUUAUUGGUUCAGAAUCUCAUAACGAUCGAAAUGGCUGCAAGAAUGAACGCAUAUGGGAUUCUGACAAUGCAAAUAAUAAUAAUCCUGAAAGUGCUGUUGAACGUGAAGCUGUACCUCAUCGCUAAAUACCAGAUUGCUCGCGAGCCGCCGGGUCCACAGAGAGACAGCAAGAAAGAGUCCCUGAGACUCAUCAUCGUGGUGGUAGUCUGCUUCCUGGCGCUCUGGACUCCUCGCUUUUACUACAUUAUCGUAGUUCAAGUGACCAGGUCACGAUACAUGUUUAAAAACAACGCCAGCGACCCUUUUAGCAUGAUGAUAAGAUUCACUGCAACCUGUACCCCCGGGCUGUACAUCUGGGGGAGCCCCGCUCUCAGGGAGGCUGUGCUGAAGACAGUGUGGGGGAGAGUCUGUCCCCCACUGAGAAAAAGGUAA